AUGCUCACUUGCUCCACAGCAACAUGUCAAAUCGCACCCGCCUAUCCGAAAUUCAUCGAAAAGCUACGUCGUCUCAUAUGGGGUCACGAGCCGUCGACAUCCUACGAGUUCGAUGAGAUGGAACGACACGUGGCACUGAAAUCGCAUCGAAAGAAUGUGAACGACGGAUAUUAUGUGGAGGAGAUUCACUAUGAACCCACACACCAUCAUGUGAUUAGGAAGAAGCAGCCGGGUAGCGGCGGACGGAAUCUGUAUUAUAAGAAAAGUCAGAAAAAAACCGCCUCAGUGCAAGCGCUGACAGACGUGCAAUUAUGGGUACUCGAUCGUUCGGUGUUCCAAAUGAUCACACAGAGAUUGGGGAUGGAACGACACUCGCAGAUUAUUAAUUUCUUGAAAAAUGUAUCAAUUUUCGAGAAUCUCUCGGAAGACCGUAUCUCAAAGAUGGCCGACGUGAUGGAUCAGGACUAUUACGACGGUGGAAACUAUAUCAUUCGACAAGGAGAGAAGGGCGACGCGUUCUUUGUGAUCAACUCGGGACAAGUCAAAGUGACACAACAGAUUGAGGGAGAGAAGGAGCCCAGGGAGAUUCGCAUUUUGAAUCAGGGGGACUUCUUUGGAGAGCGUGCUCUACUCGGCGAGGAGGUCCGCACUGCCAACAUCAUCGCCCAAGCGCCCGGCGUGGAAGUGCUCACUCUCGACCGUGAAUCAUUCACAAAACUGAUCGGAGAUCUCGAGACACUCAAACGAGACUAUGGAGACAAGGAACGACUCGCUCAGAUGGUCCGGGAGCCCCCGAGUCCCGUCAAGAUUCAAGACGAUUUCCGGGAGGAAUUCGCACAAGUCACGUUGAAGAACGUGAAGCGACUGGCGACGUUGGGAGUCGGUGGAUUCGGAAGAGUCGAGUUGGUGUGUGUAAAUGGAGAUAAAUCAAAGACCUAUGCACUGAAAGCGCUGAAAAAGAAGCAUAUCGUUGACACUCGCCAACAGGAACAUAUUUUUGCCGAGAGGAAUAUUAUGAUGGAGACGUCGACGGAUUGGAUCGUCAAACUCUAUAAGACAUUCCGGGAUCAGAAGUUUGUCUACAUGCUUCUUGAAGUGUGUUUGGGUGGAGAACUCUGGACGACACUCCGUGACCGUGGACACUUUGACGACUACACCGCCCGUUUCUAUGUUGCCUGUGUGCUGGAGGGUCUCGAGUACCUACACCGUAAAAAUAUUGUGUAUCGGGAUUUGAAGCCGGAGAAUUGUCUCCUUGCUAACACUGGAUACCUGAAAUUGGUGGAUUUUGGAUUCGCGAAGAAACUGGCGUCCGGGCGGAAGACGUGGACAUUCUGUGGAACUCCAGAGUACGUGUCGCCCGAAAUUAUUCUCAAUAAGGGACACGACCAAGCUGCCGACUACUGGGCCCUUGGUAUCUAUAUCUGUGAGCUGAUGUUGGGACGGCCACCGUUCCAAGCCUCAGACCCUAUGAAGACGUACACGUUGAUUCUGAAGGGAGUCGACGCGUUGGAGAUUCCGAAUCGACGAAUUGGGAAGACAGCGACGGCGUUGGUGAAGAAGUUGUGUCGUGACAAUCCGGGAGAACGGUUGGGAUCGGGAAGCGGUGGUGUGAAUGAUAUCAGGAAGCAUCGAUGGUUUAUGGGAUUCGAUUGGGAGGGGUUGAGGACGAAGACGCUGAAACCGCCAAUCUUGCCGAAGGUGAACAACCCAGCCGACGUGACGAAUUUCGACAACUACCCACCAGACAACGAUGUUCCACCAGACGAGUUCUCCGGAUGGGAUGAGGGAUUCUAA